AUGGAAUCUGAGGAAGGUGAGGAACUUCCUAUUAUAAUUGAUGGGAAAGCAUACCCUAACAUUGUUAAAAAUCCCUUAGAUGAAAUUUCAAUAACUUCCUUUGCAUUGGGCGCUUUGUUAGGGCUCUCAUUUGCUAUUGUUCCUUACUUGAGAUUUAGGAACUUUGCAAUUUAUGUGGGUUCACUAGCAACUUUCCAUUUCUUGGAAUACUAUGUGACUGCAAAGUUCAACCCUGGAAAGGUCCAUGCUAACUCGUUCUUAAUUAGGAAUGGAAGCUCAUAUUUCCUUGCUCAUACGUUUGCUAUGUGUGAGGUAUUUUUGGAAUCCUAUUUUUGGCCUGGAUGGAAGUCCACUUGGGCUAGUAGUUUCCAUCGCUGGGCUGUGGUAUUGGGAUUAAUAUGUAUAAUAUUUGGGCAAUACGUUAGGACCAACGCAAUGAUAACAGCUGGUCAGUCUUUCUCGCAUAUUGUGAAGACUCGAAAAAAUAAAGACCACAUAUUGGUUAAAAAUGGGAUAUACUCUUGGUCACGGCAUCCAGCGUACUGCGGUUACUUUUGGUGGGCGAUAGGUACGCAGUUGCUUUUAUUGAAUCCGAUAUCACUAUUACUUUAUAUCGUUGUACUAUGGAGGUUUUUUAACGAGAGAAUUGAGUAUGAAGAGCGGUUCCUAAUAAAGUUCUUCGGUAAAGAAUACCAUAACUAUAAGAAGGUCGUUAGUGUGGGUAUCCCGUUCAUUUCUUAA